GAAUUCGAUUAAGUAUGCUUGCCAACCAGUAGAGCGUACUUUAUCAUCACCCUGUGCGCCUAGCGGAACGACGAUACAGAUAAGGCUUCCCAGAUUUGAAGAUGCGAUGAAUCGCCUCCAGAGACCUGCUUCAUAUUUUAUGUUCUACGUUAUCCUAUGGGCCCUGUCCAUCCCGGUUGUGGUAACAGCAUUUGUUGAUUCCUGGUGGAGAAUACCUGCGGGGUUUUGGCUUCUCCACUUUAUGAUCGAUACGCUCACCGUCGCUGAGAUGGGCCUGCGAGCUUCCUCGAAGGGCACGAAAUUCUGGAUUUCCUGGUCAAGCGUGCCCGAAGCAGCGUUAUGCACAUACACUCUCAUUUCCUGGUCUUUCGUGAUUGUAUCGGACAGACGCGUACGAAAAAUAGUCGUCUGUAUCGGUGCCGUGGUAGUCCUCGUCCGCAGCGUCUUUGAGAGUUUAAGGAUAAUUCUCGUCGUGCUCAAUGUGACGAUUUUAGGCAAGCGAGUACAGGAUGGCAGCAUCUCUUCUCAGCCGGAUAGGGACGUCGACGACUUCGACAUCCGGAACGUCUUCCGACCCGUGCAUCAUGUGCAGAGUAUUGAUGAUGUGCUGACGACCUCGUUCAGACGCGCAGCGGUGGGAACCCUGCGUAUCGCCCAGUUGGUCCUCGCUAUCAUCGCUGUAAUCACGGCCUUUGACGAGGAAGUUGUGGUGAUGUACAUAACAAAUGUGAUCGUGGUGCUUGAGAUCAUAACCUGUUUCACGAGCCAUUUUCGAGGUCCUAUCUUCCUGAAGCUCGCCUUAGGCCUUGCAGAUCUCGCUAUAUGCCUACUGGGACCAGCAGUCUUGGGCUUGCGAAUCUCGGGGGACUGGCGUACGCGUGCCUGGCGCAUCGCCUCUAUCCUGGGCAUCGUCGACAGCUUCGUCGUUCUUGCUCGUAGCAUUGUACAGUUAAGCUAUUUUGCCUUCACGAUUGUGCAGUCUGCUCAGGUCGCGUUCACGGAGGGUGGCGGAGAUAUCCGUCUUACGGAGGAGCCUGAAGUCAACCUAUUGGAUGCUGAAUUCGGAUCGAAUGUUGCUGCCUAACAUGGUGUAUAGAUAGCAUGCGUAGCAUUAGGUGUUGUGACUUGUCGUUCCCGCUAGGCCCAGGUAUGGAUGUCAUUAUUAGGAAACAAAGUGUAAAUCCGUGGGA